AUGCUCUUUCCUGGUACCUUUGUUCGCCCUCCGCUGUCCAAGUUUCCUCGCAAGGCAGGGCCCUUCUUCCGCUUUACCUACGACGCUGUCAAAUCAUGGGGCAUGGACAUAGUCCAGAGUCUCAUAGUAAAUCUCUCCUCGAAGCCCAGCUUCUUCAAGCGCGCCUUGUGGAAACCCAAGACUGCCUCGGCCGUCCUAUCUGCGAAGGCUCUGCACCGCUCCAUGUCCGAGGCGAUAGCCGCUGGUGACAAGAACACCAUCAACAAGAUCUGCGUCACAAAGCUAGCCGUCCCCUUGCUGGCCAGCAUCGACACGCGGCCCAAAUCGGUGCGCUACAGCUGGGAGCUGGUCCGCUACAACAAGACGUGGCGGUACCCCCGUGUUUUGUCUCGCAAGAUCUCGCCCAUAACACGCGAGCCAGGGAGUCCCUUCGUGCGGCAGUUGGUUGUCGCCAUCGCCAGCCGGCAGCGUAUGGUCAAGUAUGAUGACAGCGCCAAGGGCCAUGGACGGAUCAUCCCCGGAAGCGAGAAGGAGGUUGACCUUGUGGAGAAUGUUGUAAUAACCUGCACGGUUGAUCGAAACACGUGGGCCCAGGACGAGUGGCGCAUCUUUGGCACGCUUAAACCCACGCUCGCCGAGGACUGGGAGGUAGAGAAGCACCUGCUUGGGUCAUUGGAGGCUGAGGAGAUGUCUAAACACAAGGUCUAA